AAAUACACAACUUUCUUUGUCUCUUUAGUCUGUUCUUGUUGCAACAUCGACGUGUUCACGCCCAUUAACGAGACUGUGAUUGGUGGCUUCACCUGUCAGUCAGACGUGCUGGUCGUUAUCCAAUCAAAUCUCCUAUAGAGUCCAGACCGGUCAGUAGGAAGUUGUGGCUACUCGAGACUAUUAAAAGUGUGAAAUCUACCUUAAACUGUCCAAUCUGGCAACCUGGAGUGUUAUUCAGAGCAGCAGCAGAGACACAAAGUGAAAAAGUGACGGAGACAGCUGUGUAGGGAGAGAAGGAGAGAGACAACACUGAGUCUGGAUUAGACUCCAUUUAUGGAACCUUCCUGUGAUUAUGGGGAAGCUCAAUGAUGUCAUGCAGAUGUGCUGCAGGGUUUCAUCCAGCCGACAGAUGAAGGCAGCAGUGAAGAAUUCUGGGAAAGGGGCGGUGGUGGCAGGAGGAAGUGCGUUUUUAGGAGGUCUGCUGCUCGGACCUGCUGGAAUCGCUCUCGGCGGGGCAGUCGGUGGUCUCCUGGGCUGGGGGAUGACUAGUGGUCAGUUUAAACCGGUUCCUCAGAUCAUCCUGGAGCUUCCCCCUCAGGAGCAGAGAAAGCUGUACGAGAACGUGAUGGAGGUUUUAGGUUCACUGGACUGGACGGAUGUCGUGCAGCUCAUCGCCAUGGUGAUGGGAAACGCCAGCAUGCAGGAACGCGUCAUCGCUGCCAUCUUCACCUUCAUCACUAACGAACUCCAGGCCGAGAUUCGAUAUGGAGACUGACACACACACUUGUAUAUAUCUAUAUAAACAUACACACUUAUAUACAUCUGUACACACACACACACACACACACUCUGAGUGAGACAUGAAUGUAAUAAACCUCUGGGGAAAACUUUCA